AUGGACAUUUCUUCCUUCCUGAUUGUCCAUCUACUUCAGCAUACCGCCGGCGUCGAUUCACACAGAACACGCAGCCGCCGCCGGACCGCCGUCGCGUCGCGCCGCAGUCCGCCGCUCAUAGUAUCGUCACCUUCAGCAGACACGACUCCUUGUCUUUCUCCGCCGCCGGCUCGCCGCCUCGUCUAUGUCAGUCGGAUCGACGCCUCGUCUCCGUCCACAAGAACAUAUCUUCGUCUCCGUCCGUCACAGCGUCGCAACGCCAUCAUCCACCGCCGUCCACCGCCACGUCGCUUCAUUUCCGUCAGCCGUCGUGUCACCUCACCGCCGCGUCGCUUCGGUUCCAUGGAGAAAACACUGAAGAAAGCACUUGCACUUGGAAUGGCAACUGACAACAUCGAGGAGAACGUGCAUACCAUAUCGAAGAAGGAAUUUAAUGUACUAAUAUAUUAUCUAUUCCAAUAUCAGAAAUCCUUUCGCAAGCCAGCUGAUGUUAGUUUCGAGCCAAUGUUUGAGGUCGACAUUCGAGUGGAUCAAAAUAUGGAGAGAACGAAAGCAGAAUCUCUUAAGAAGAGAGCAUCAGAUAAAGUAGCCAACAUUAUUGUCUUAUAUAAUAUUCUUUGUUGA